AUUUUAGCGCGUCUCCAGCCAUCCGGUAUGAUGGCGACUUUGCUUUGUCUCCAGUGAACAGGGUUGCAUCAAUAGUCGAUAUAUAUAUUUUCUUCUCUCUAAAAUUAACCGUGUUUUUAUCUCCGGGACGACGUGCCAAGAACUACACGUGUCUCAGUCGUUCAAGAAAUGACUACAGAGUACAGAAGGUAAAAUGAGUAAGGCCUCAGCUGAAUCUAUAGACCAAGUGAUGGAGGAGGAAGUAGGUCAGCUUCCGAUUACAGACCAGAUGGAGGAGGAGGAGGAGGAGGCUGGGAGCUCAACAGAGACUGAGAAGCCCUCCUCUUCUCACACCAAGAGGAAGCCUUCUGUUGCAGCCAAGGAAGUUGGGGGGAAUGAGUCAGACACCUCGGACGAGAGUGGACAGGACGAUGGCGCCUCAGAUGGGACGUUGGUUGUGCGGCCUCCUGCUGGGACUGACAACAAGGAGGACAAGAGCAGAGGAGCCAUGACGCUCCGAGUGGACCUCUCACGGAGAAAGACAGGUCAAAUGAGUAAGGCCUCAGCUGAAUCUACAGACCAAGUGAUGGAGGAGGAAGUAGGUCAGCUUCCGAUUACAGACCAGAUGGAGGAGGAGGAGGAGGCUGGGAGCUCAACAGAGACUGAGAAGCCCUCCUCUUCUCACACCAAGAGGAAGCCUUCUGUUGCAGCCAAGGAAGUUGGAGGGAAUGAGUCAGACACCUCGGACGAGAGUGGACAGGACGAUGGCGCCUCAGAUGGGACGUUGGUUGUGCGGCCUCCUGCUGGGACUGACAACAAGGAGGACAAGAGCAGAGGAGCCAUGAAGCUCCGAGUGGACCUCUCACUGAGAAAGACAGGUCAAAUGAGUAAGGCCUCAGCUGAAUCUACAGACCAAGUGAUUGAGGAGGAAGCAGGUCAGCUUCCGAUUACAGACCAGAUGGAGGAGGAGGCUGGGAGCUCAACAGAGACUGAGAAGCCCUCCUCUUCUCACACCAAGAGGAAGCCUUCUGUUGCAGCCAAGGAAGUUGGAGGGAAUGAGUCAGACACCUCGGACGAGAGUGGACAGGACGAUGGCGCCUCAGAUGGGACGUUGGUUGUGCGGCCUCCUGCUGGGACUGACAACAAGGAGGACAAGAGCAGAGGAGCCAUGAAGCUCCGAGUGGACCUCUCACGGAGAAAGACAGAUACCACUUUGCAGGAGAGGAUAGACUGCACCGCCUGUGGACAGCAGGUCAACCACUUCCAGCGCCACUCGGUGUUUGAGCACCCGAUGCUCCAUGUGCUCCUCUGCAAGUCGUGUUAUAAGUAUUACACCAGCGAUGACAUCAAUAAAGACGAGGACGGCAUGGACGAACAGUGCAGGUGGUGUGCUGAAGGUGGAAACCUGAUCUGCUGUGACUACUGCCACAACGCCUUCUGUAAGAAGUGCAUCCUGCGUAACCUGGGGCGCAAGGAGCUGUCCAUGAUCACCGACGAGGACAGUAAAUGGUCCUGCUAUAUCUGCAGCCCUCAGCCUCUCUCAGACAUCGCCUCCAACUGCUCCAACAUCUUGACCAAGCUGGAGAGCUUCUGGCGCACGGGACGCAAGAAAGAGAGGGAGGAGAAAGAGGGGAAGGAGAAAGAGAGGAAGGAGGUGAAAGGGCACAGUAAGGGUAAAGGUCACCACCACCAUGGUAAAGCUGUGGUGAACGGUAAGGAACAUUCGGACGGGUCAGGGACCCUCACCUUCUCCUAUAAGACCCUGAAGGUCCCCAAGGAGCUGGUGAAGAGGACCAAGAAGCUGAUUGAGACGACCACAGGGCUCAACAACACCUUCAUCCAUUUCAUCCAGCAGGCCGAGGAGGAGCAGGGAGCAGGAGGAGGUGGCAGCGGGACCAGACACAGACACCUCAAGGCCUUCAGGUCUGUUCUGGCUGAUCUGAAGAAGGCCCAUGCUGCUCUAGAGAAAGACUUGGAGUCACAGUUCACUUCCCAGGACCAGGGGAUGCAGAAUGGGGAUGCUGUUUCCAACACUGAUGGCCAUGACGGCCACGAUCAGAUAGACAAUGGGCAAGAGGCAGAAGAGGACAAAAUGGCCGACACUGAGGAUGGGGAGGAGGAUGGGGGUGUGUCAGAGGACACAGAGAUGGAGGGGAGCCCCACCCCCACGCCUCAGGACCACUCAGAGACAGGCAGCCAGGCUAAAGACCAGACAGUGGUGAAAAUGGAGGAGGAGGAGGAUGGAACAGAGGAGGAAGCUGACCGGGAUAAAGACAUCGUGUCCGUCGGGCCAUCCGUCCCUGACGAGCUCUUCCAGAUGGUCAAGAGUUUAGCGGACUCCACCGGGUUAACGCCCGGUAACGACGCCACGGAACUCACAGCGGCUAGCCAAUCGGAGAACCCCGCUGCUCGUUCAACCAGGAAGUCACAUGACACCCAGAAGGAGAAGGCCAUGCCCAAGGUUAAGAACCUCAUCUUGAAGCUGACGCCUGUUCCCGUGGUUACCACACGCGCCUCCAGGUCUAAGAGUAAGGAUGGAGAGAAGGAGAGGAGUAAGGAUGGAGGGAAGGAGAGGAGUAAGGAUGGAGGUAAGGAUGGAGGGAAGGAGAGGAGUAAGGAUGGAGGGAAGGAGAGGAGUAAGGAUGGAGGUAAGGAUGGAGGGAAGGAGAGGAGUAAGGAUGGAGGGAAGGAGAGGAGUAAGGAUGGAGGGAAGGAGAGGAGUAAGGAUGGAGGGAAGGAGAGGAGUAAGGAUGGAGGGAAGGAGAGGAGUAAGGAUGGAGGGAAGGAGAGGAGUAAGGAUGGAGGGAAGGAGAGGAGUAAGGAUGGAGGGAAGGAGAGGAGUAAGGAUGGAGGGAAGGAGAGGAGUAAGGAUGGAAGUAAGGAUGGAGGGAAGGAGAGGAGUAAGGAUGGAGGGAAGGAGAGGAGUAAGGAUGGAGGGAAGGAGAGGAGUAAGGAUGGAGGGAAGGAGAGGGAGAGGAGUAAGGAUGGAGGGAAGGAGGUGGAGGGAGAUGGGGCUUCCGAGGAGGACAGCCGAUGCUCCAGUCGCACAAAGACCACACCCCUCAGGAAGUCACCGGAGGGGAAAAACAAGAUGUCCGUCUCUCAGGAGAACAUCGACUCAGAAGGCGAGCAGAAGAGCCCCAGCAAGCUGAAGAAGAGAACCAAGGGCAGCGCCGAGAAAGAACGGGGGAACGCGGAGGAGAAGGAGCGGAAAGAGAGCAAGGCCUCCAUGGUAACCUCUGACCCUUCUAAACAGGACGUGGACUCAGAUUCUGAUGAGGUUCCAGACAUCCUGGUUCAGACUGCAGCGGCGGAACACAGCUCGGACGAAGAUGUGCAGCAGGACGCCGACAGUAACCAGGGCAACAAGCGCGUCAAGAAGUGCCUGUUCAAAGUGAGCAAGAAAGAGGAGGAGGAGGAGCAGGUGGGAGAGGAGGAGGAGGAGGAGCAGGUGGGAGAGGAGCAGGAGCAGGUGGGAGAGGAGCAGGUGGGAGAGGAGCAGGUGGGAGAGGAGGAGGAGGAGGAGCAGGUGGGAGAGGAGGAGGGAGAGAGUGACAAGGAGAAGACUGACAAGAAGCCGGCGGCCAAACGCAAACUGAAAGCCGACGACUCCGACAACUCAGAGUCUGACUCCGAUGAAGACGCAAAGAAGAAAAAGAAGUCCUCCACGGCUUCUGACAAGAAGACAUCCAAGAAGAAGCAGAAGGUCUCGGACGGCUCCUCCAACUCGGACCUGGAGAAGGAGAUGAAGGGACUCCGCAAACUGGUGACGGGGAAACGGAGGAGCAGCCGUGUGAAGAAGGAAAGAGAGGAGAAGGAGAACAAGGGCGGAGAUCGGAGGCGGUCGUACGAACUGAAACGCAAAGCCAGAAGUAGAGGAGCCAAGCAGCAAGAUUCAUCGUCUGAUGACGACGACGAGGAGGAGGCGGAGGGAGGAGGGUCUGGAGAGGAGAGUGGAGACCAGCAGAAGAUUAAACCCAUCGUGGAGGAGACGGUGGUAGCAGGGAGGGAAACCUUCCACCAGUCCUCAGGAGAAGAAGGUAACCAUGACUCUUCUCAGAUGGCGGUUGAUGAUGACGAUGAUGAUCCAGAAAACAGGAUUGCCAAGAAGAUGCUGCUGGCCCAGAUCAAGGCCAACUACUCUUCAGGAGCAGAGGAGAGCUCUGACGAGGACGGAGAAGAGAACGAACAGGGGAAGGGAGGAGAGGAGGAGGAGGAGGAGGAAGAGGAGGAUGAUGGUGAUGGUGAGGAGGAGGAGGAAGGGGACUCUGGCUCUGACAUGGAUGUGAAGAAGAGUGGGGGGCGUCGGCACCGGCUGCUCCGCCACAAACUGACGCUGAGCGAGGGAGAGUCAGGAGAGGAGAAAGAGAAACCAGCCAGCAAGGGGAAGAAGGAGACCAAGAGGACCAGGCGGAAAGUGGGCAGUGAUGACUCAGCAGACUUAGACUCUGAGGAAUCGGCUAGCAGCAGUGAGUCAGGAGUUAGUGAGGAGAUCAGUGAGGAGGAGGAGGAGGAGUCAGAGGAGGAGUCAGAGGAGGGCAGCAGUCGCAGGAGGACCACGCGCUCCUCCAAGAAGAAGAAGAAGAAGAAGGAGGAGAGGAGCUACGCCCAGAAGAAGAAACGCCGUCGCAUCAAGGUUCAGGACUCUUCAUCUGACGAGAAGAGCGGGUCAGGAGAGGACGGCUCGGGGAAGGAGGAUGGAGACACUCCUAAAGGACAGAGGAAGAAGAUCAGAAAAAUCCUCAAGGACGACAAGCUGAGGACGGAGACGAGGGAUGCCCUGAAGGAGGAGGAGGAGAGGAGGAGACGCAUCGCUGAGAGGGAGCAGCUCAGGGAGAAACUCAGAGAGACUCUACAUGUCCCUCCCGACCAGGUACUCGUGGUGGAGGAGGCGUCCGCCGUGGCUUGUCCAAUCACAACCAAGCUGGUGCUGGAUGAAGACGAGGAGACCAAGGAGCCCAUGGUGCAGGUUCACCGCAAUCUGGUCACGAAGCUCAAACCACACCAGGUCGACGGGGUCCAGUUCAUGUGGGACUGCUGUUGUGAGUCGGUGAAGAAAACCAACAAGAACUCUGGUUCUGGAUGUAUCCUGGCUCACUGUAUGGGUCUGGGAAAAACACUGCAGGUGGUAACCCUCCUCCACACACUACUGCUGUGUGACAAGUUAGACUUCUCCACGGCUCUGAUCGUCUGUCCUCUCAACACCGUUCUCAACUGGCUCAAUGAGUUUGAGAAGUGGCAGUACGGCUUCAAGGACGAGGAGAGUUUAGAGGUGACGGAGCUGGCCACGGUGAAGCGUCCUCAGGAGAGAGCGUCUGCUCUGCAGCAGUGGCAGGAGGAUGGAGGAAUCAUGAUCAUUGGCUAUGAGAUGUACCGUAACCUCACACAGGGUAGAAACAUCAAGAGCAAGAAACUCAAAGAGACCUUCCAGAAGACUCUGGUUGACCCAGGCCCAGACUUUGUGAUCUGUGAUGAGGGCCACAUCUUGAAGAACGAGGCGUCGGCCAUCUCUAAAGCCAUGAACUCCAUCAAGACCCGACGGAGAGUGGUGCUCACCGGCACUCCACUGCAGAACAACCUCAUAGAGUACCACUGCAUGGUGAACUUCAUCAAGGAGAACCUGCUGGGGUCAGUGAAGGAGUUCAGGAACCGCUUCGUCAACCCCAUCCAGAACGGGCAGGCAGCGGACUCCACAGACCAGGAUGUACGCAUCAUGAAGAAGAGGGCCCACAUCCUCUACGAGAUGCUCAAUGGAUGUGUUCAGAGAAGAGACUACUCUGCCCUGACCAAGUUCCUGCCUCCUAAACAUGAGUACGUUGUGUCCGUCAGAGUCACGCCCAUCCAGUGUACUCUAUACCGACACUACCUGGAGCACUUAACAGGUGCGGGGAACGUGGUGGAGGGGGGUCGGGGCCGAGCCGGGACCAAACUGUUCCAGGACUUCCAGAUGCUCAGCAGAAUCUGGACCCAUCCCUGGUGCCUGCAGCUGGACUACAUCAGCAAGGAAAACAAGGGGUACUUUGACGAGGACAGCAUGGACGAGUUCAUCGCCUCGGAGACCGAGGAGUCUUCCAUGAGCAUGACCUCUGAAGACGAGAAACAGAAAAAGAAGAAGAAGCGGGGGAAGGCCAGGAAGAAGGACAGUGACUCAGACAGUGAUGCUCUCGAGGUGAUUAAGGAGUGGAACACCAGUUCCCGAGGAGGAGACCCCUCCAGCCGCAACCGGGCGGAGCCACAGGAGGAAGUGCGCCCAGCUUCCAGCCCUGGCACCAGGAGUCCUGACUGGCACAAGGAGUUUGUUACGGAGGCCGACUCUGAGAUCCUGGAGCAUUCUGGGAAGAUGGUGCUGCUGUUUGAGAUCCUCCGUAUGGCCGAGGAGGUGGAGGACAAAGUUCUGGUGUUCAGUCAGUCUCUGAUCUCUCUGGACCUGAUUGAAGACUUCCUGGAGCUGGCUGGCCGAGCCAAAGAGGAGGAGAAACAGUUUCCCUACAAAGGUGAGGGGAAGUGGUUCCGGAACAUAGACUACUACCGCUUGGACGGCUCCACCAAUGCCCUGAACCGUAAGAAGUGGGCAGAGGAGUUCAAUGACACCAGCAACGUCAGAGGUCGGUUGUUCCUGAUCUCGACCAGGGCUGGUUCUCUGGGCAUCAACCUGAUAGGAGCUAACAGGGUCAUCAUCUUCGACGCGUCCUGGAAUCCGUCGUACGACAUCCAGAGUAUCUUCAGGCUCUACCGCUUCGGACAGCUCAAGACCUGCUACGUCUACCGAUUCCUGGCUCAGGGUACUAUGGAAGAGAAGAUCUAUGACCGCCAGGUGGCUAAACAGUCUCUGUCCUUCCGAGUGGUGGAUCAACAGCAGAUAGAGAGACAUUUCACCAUGAAUGAGCUGACGGAGCUCUACGCCUUUGAACCUGACCUUCUGGAUGAUCCCACUGGCAAGAAGAGCAAGAGGACCACGCCUAUGCUGCCAAAGGACCCCUUCCUAGCUGAGCUGCUCCACAGCAAUAAGGAGCAGAUUGUGGGCUAUCAUGAACAUGACUCCCUCCUGGAUCACAAGGAAGAGGAGGCUCUCAGCGAGGAGGACCGCAAAGCAGCCUGGGCCGAGUACGAGGCGGAGAAGAAGGGUCUGUCUCUGCGUGUGAACCAUGGAGCGUACGGAGGACAGAUGGACAUGGGAGGAGCUAACAGCUACUUCCCCUUCAACGUUGCCGCACUGGCCUCUAUGUCCAACCCUCAGCUGGAGGAGUUGAUCAACCAGGGCCGUCAGAAGGUGAUGGAGGCCACCAACGCUCUCAAAUUCCUCCCCAGAGAAUCUCUAGAGGACACCAUCGGGAGAGUGUGGAAGGAGAACCCAGCCCUCACGGAGUCCCAGGUCCAGGCCAUGGCUCUGGGGAGACAGGCCAGUGUAGAGAUGGAGCUCAAACGAAGAGAAGCUGUCUACAGAGACGUCCUCAAUAAGCAACAGACUCUAAUGAUGUACGUUCAGAAGGUGAUCACCAACAGGAAGGUGAGAGAGCAGCAGAUGGCCAUGGCCAACCAGGCCCAGCUGAUGAGCCAGAUGAACGGCAUGCUGGGAGCUGGAGGGAUGAGCCAGAUGGAACUCUUGGGGUUGUACCAACAGCUGGGGGCGCUACAGGGUCAUCCCACCCACCCCUCCAUGGGCGGCAAGAACCCCGGUCCCUCCAAGGGCAACCUGUAAGGGGAGGGGGACCCAGGGCUUGCUCCACAUAGUCCCCUAUCUAUUCUCUACAUAGUGCACUAUCCACUUCAUAUUGGCUCUGGUCAAAAGUAGUGCACUAUUUAGGCAAUAGGGUAUCAUUUGGGACUCAGACCCACUCACUGCCCCCUCACUGUCUCACUCAGUAGGUUCCUCCCUGAUGCUGCUCCGUCUCCUAUGUAGUGCACUAGAUGGAGCCCAGAUCCCUAGAGUUUUGGUUAGAAGUAGUGCACUAUGUAGGGGAUAGGGGUGGGAUCUGGGCCGUUGCCUGCUGUCUCCUUCACUGGGGAGGUGAGACGACACAGAGAGAAGGGUCUCGGAGCCCCUCGCCACUCCCUCCAGCUCUCCUGAAGCAGGGAAUGACAUGACUUGUAUAGGGACAAUAUGAAGGCGUUUUAGAAAUGUCAUUUGAAAUUCUGUAUAUACCGCCUUAAUGUUAUUCAACUUCUCUGUCUUCAGUUUUCAUGUAUUUAAAAUAACGUAAGGAAAGGGAAAUGUUUUUGUCCCAAUGCUUUUAAGCAGUACGUUAUUCUUUCCCCUUAAAAGGAGGGUUUGUUUAAUGAAUAGAUUAUUCUGUAAGUUGUGUUUUGAUACAGUUUUAAUGAAUGCCUGUCUAUCUAAAGAACCCCCAGAGGGAGACCAUAGUGCUGACAGGACUGUUUCAGGAUAUUAAACAUUAGAUCCCCUAUAGAACCCCCCCUCUACCAAGACACACGCAGACACACACACGCAGACAGACACACACACGCAGACACACACACGCAGACAGACACACGCACGCAGACAGACACACGCACGCAGACAGACACACACACGCAGACAGACACACACACGCAGGCAGACAGACACACGCAGGCAGACAGACACACACAGGCAGACAGACACACGCAGGCAGACAGACAGACACACGCAGGCAGACAGACACACACACGCAGGCAGACACACACACGCAGGCAGACACACACACGCAGACAGACACACACACGCAGACAGACACACACACGCAGACAGACACACACACGCAGACAGACACACACACGCAGGCAGACAGACACACGCAGGCAGACAGACACACACACGCAGGCAGACAGACGCAGACACACACGCAGGCAGACAGACACACACACGCAGGCAGACAGACACACACACGCAGGCAGACACACACACGCAGGCAGACAGACCAAGACACACAGGCAGACAGACAGACCAAGACACACAGGCAGACAGACAGACCAAGACACACAGGCAGACAGACAGACCAAGACACACACACAGGCAGACAGACAGACCAAGACACACACACAGGCAGACAGACAGACCAAGACACACACACAGGCAGACAGACAGACCAAGACACACACACAGGCAGACAGACAGACCAAGACACACGCAGACAGACAGACAGACAGACCAAGACACACACACGCAGACAGACAGACCAAGACACACACACGCAGACAGACAGACCAAGACACACACACGCAGACAGACAGACACAGGCAGGCAUCCAGACAGACACAGGCAGGCAUCCAGACAGACACGCAGAAAGACAGAUGGGCAGAAAGACAGAUGGGCAGAAAGACAGAUGGGCAGAAAGACAUGGGCAGAAAGACAGAUGGGCGGGCAGAAAGACAGAUGGGCAGGCAGAAAGAAAGACAGAUGGGCAGGCAGAAAGACAGAAAGAAAGAAAGACAGACUGACAGGCAGAAAGAAAGACAGAUGGGCAGGCAGAAAGAAAGACAGAUGGGCAGGCAGAAAGACAGAAAGAAAGAAAGACAGACUGACAGGCAGAAAGAAAGACAGACUGACAGGCAGAAAGAAAGACAGACUGACAGGCAGAAAGACAGACAGACAGACAGACUGACAGGCAGAAAGACAGACAGGCAGGCAGGCAGACGUGCUGGUUUUGGAAAACUCUUUGGGAGAUUCUGAUGCAUAGCCAUGACAAAACAAAAUGAGGGCAUUAAUUCCAUUUCCUAAAGUUUUGUGUAAAUUAAAUUUGAGAAUGAUUUUUCUAGCUUGUAGCCCUUAAUAUUUCCACUAUUUGUCUCAUGGUUAUUAUAAUGGUAAUAUGGAAUGCUCUCGUGAUGUUUUAAACAGACUGUCCCUCUCCCUCUCCCCUCACUCUCUUCCCCGGGACUCUCUCUCUCUCUUUGUAAAGCUCAUGCUCUUGUUGUCAAGUUGUUGCCUAGCGUAGCUCCAUAUCCCAGGGUGCUGUUCAUCCUUCUCUUUCUGUUCCACUUGUUGCAUCCUAAUCCAACCCUGGUACAGGACGGGGUCGACAGGUCGACAGGAGGUUGUCUGACCUGGUCGAUAGGGUUCCUCCGUUUGCACAAUAAGGUGUAUUUCUGAAAUGUCUCCUGUCGCCCUCCCGAGAAUGUUCUUCUCAUGUUUAAACACCAACUAGGUUUUUUGUUGCCAUUCAUUGAUUGAUCUGAACUGCUACUAUCUUGAUAAGUAUUUAAUAUAACAUUUAAUAAAGUGACCAAAAGGGUGACCACC